CGACGGCUGGACGAUUAAAGUCGCUGCCCCUCGCGUGCUUUCUGCUCAAUUCGCUCCCCUUUCGCUCGCCCGGUCUCCAGAUAGCCCCAAAUGUCUUCUCUUCCCCCCGUCUACAUCGUGUCGGCCGUCCGGACGCCCACGGGCAUGUUCUUGGGCUCGCUCUCGAGCCUGAGUGCUACCCAGCUCGGAUCCCACGCCAUCAAGGCUGCCGUCGAGCGCGCCGGCCUCAAGCCCGAGGAUGUCCAGGAAGUUUUCAUGGGCAAUGUCCUCUCCGCCAACCUCGGCCAGAACCCCGCCCGCCAGUGUGCUCUUGGAGCAGGCCUCCCCGAGUCCGUCGUCUGCACCACCGUCAACAAGGUCUGCGCCUCGUCGAUCAAGGCCCUCAUCGUCGGCGCCCAAACCAUCAUCACUGGCAAUGCCGACGUCGUCGUCGCCGGAGGGGCCGAGAGCAUGUCCAACACUCCCCACUACCUUCCCAACCUCCGCGCGGGCGCCAAGUUCGGCGACCAGCCCCUCGUUGACGGGCUCCUGAAGGACGGCCUCACCGACGCAUACAAGAACCAGCACAUGGGUCUGCAGGGCGAGGAGUGCGCCGAGGACCACGGCUUCGACCGCGAGGCGCAGGACGACUACUGCAUCCGCUCCUACAAGAAGGCCAUUGCCGCCUCCGAGGCCGGCUGGUUCAAGGAGGAGAUUGUCCCCAUCGAGGUGUCUGGCGGCCGCGGCAAGCCCGCCAAGGUCGUCGACCAGGACGACGAGCCCAAGAACUUCAACGAGUCCAAGACGCGCACCCUGCGCCCCUCCUUCAAGCCCAAAGACGGCACCGUAACCGCCGCCAACGCCUCGCCCCUCUCCGACGGCGCCGCCGCCCUCGUCCUCGUCUCCGAAGCCGCUCUCAAGCAGCACAACCUCAAGCCCAUCGCCAAGAUCCUCGGCUGGGGCGACGCAGAGCAGAACCCCUCCAAGUUCACCACCGCGCCCGCGCUCGCGAUCCCCAAGGCCCUCAAGCACGCCGGCAUCGAGCAAAGCACCGUCGACGCCUUCGAGAUCAACGAGGCCUUCAGCGUUGUUGCGCUGGCUAACAUGAAGAUCCUUGGCCUGAGCGAGGACAAGGUUAACAUUCACGGAGGUGCCGUGGCGUUGGGCCACGCCCUUGGUGCGUCGGGCGCCAGGAUCACGACGACGCUGUUGGGUGUGCUCAGGGAGAAGAAGGGCAAGAUUGGCUGCGCUGGCAUCUGCAAUGGCGGUGGUGGCGCGUCGGCGAUUGUGAUCGAGUCGUUGGUGUAGAGAGGACGAGGAUAAAUACCC